AUGAGGAUCGAGCACUGCUUCUUCUGCUCCGCCCCGUGCUACCCGGGCAAGGGUAUCACCUUUGUUCGUAACGAUGCCAAGAUCUUCAAGUUCUGCAAGUCGAAAUGUCACAAGAACUUCAAGUUGAAGCGAAACCCACGAAAGGUUCGCUGGACAAAGGCUUUCCGCAAGGCGAACGGCAAGGAGAUGACUGUCGACUCCACCCUCGAGUUCGAAAAGAAGCGCAACGUCCCCGUCCGCUACGACCGCGAGCUGGUCGCCACCACUCUCCACGCCAUGAAGCGCAUUCAGGAGAUCAAGACCCGCAGAGAGAUCGCCUUCUACAAGGCUCGCAUGGCAAAGGCAGGCGUCAAGGCAAAAGCAAAGGAGGCCGACCGUCUUCUCGUCCACCGCAACGCCCACCUUCGCGCUUCCAUCGACGCUGCCAGGCUUACCUCCUCGUCCUCCAAGGACAAGAUCAAGGUCAAGGCAACCUCAGCCAAGCCCAAGUCGGCUCUCGUUGGUGCCGGCAGCUCUGGCAUGACUAUGGGCAUGGACACCGACUAG